AUGUCCCUGUUAUGUGUGGGAGUAAAGAAAGCCAAGCUGGAUGGACCCCAAGAGAAGUUCAACACCUACGUGACUCUGAAAGUACAGAAUGUGAAGAGCACCACCAUCGCUGUCAGGGGCAACCUGCCCAGCUGGGAGCAGGACUUCAUGUUCGAGAUCAACCGCCUAGACCUGGGUCUGACGGUGGAGGUAUGGAACAAAGGCUUGAUCUGGGACACCAUGGUGGGCACCGUGUGGGUGCCCCUCCACAACAUCAGUCAGUCCAACGAGGAGGGCCCUGGGGAGUGGCUGAGUCUGGACUCCCAGGUCAUCAUGGCUGAUAACGAGAUCUGCGGCACCAAGGACCCCACCCUCCACCUGGUUCUGCUGGACACGCGCUUCGAGAUGCCUUUGGACAUCCCAGAGGACGAGGCGCGCUACUGGGCCAAGAAACUGGAACAAAUAAACGCAAUGAGGGACCAGGAUCAGAUCUCCUUCCAGGAAGAUCAGGAGCGCCCACUUCCUGUCCCCGGGACGCAGUGCUGCAACUGGAGCUUAUGGGGAGAGCAGCAACCGGAGGACGCAGACAGUGCGGUGGAUGACAGGGACAGCGAUUACCGUAGUGAGACCAGCAACAGCAUCCCUCCUCCUUACUACACAACGUCCCAGCCCAACGCCUCGGUCCACCAGUACCCCAUCAGCCAGCAGCACCGCAGCUCCAGGACAGCCUCCCAGCCUCGCACAGCCACCGGCCCCGACGCAGAGUACAACCACCAGAGGACUGUCAGCCCCGCUGGCAGCUAUGCAUCGUCUGCAGAGCUGAGCCACUGCAGCAGCCAGUUGAGCGAGGAGGACUACGGGGGGGAGUACGGCGAGAGGGACCCCUACGACGAGAACGACUCCUACCACUCCUGCCACUCCUCCGUCAGCUACAGCAAGGGCUCUCCGGACUGGGACCCCGACGAGACCCAGGGCGUGUACAGCGACGAGGGGGGCUACAGCAAGGACGGGGGGGAGGAGGGGGCACUGUACGAGGAGGAUGACGGGGGUCUGUACGAGGGCGAGGAGGAGGGCCUCUACGAGGACGAGGAGGUGCUGUACGACGACGAGGACCUCUACAACCUGGACGGCACGCUCAGCGAGGACAUGGAGCCGCCCUUCACGCCCACCCCCACGUCCACCGCUCCCCAGACACUGGACGCGCCGAGCUCCAGGCCCCCCCUGGAGAAGCAGCCCACCCUCCACCAACAGCAGCCCGCCGCCCUGCCGCCCAACCAGGCCCCCAGCCAGGCCCACGCUCAGGGCCCGGCAGCGGGUCAGCCCCACGCACCCGGGCAGGCCGGCCCCGCCCAGGCCGGCCCCACCCAGCUCCCUAAACCUGCCCAGCCCCAGCCGCAGCCACAGGCGGCUCCGUCCGCCACGUCCUUCUUCUCCAUGGCCAAUCCCCUGACGGCCGCGGUCAGCGGCCUCGCCUCCACCUUCCUGUCCUCCGUCCCCAGCACCCACCCUGCCCAGGCUCACCCCCCUGCGGCGGGUCCACCCCCGCAGCCUGCCGCCGCCACCGUCGUGCCUCCCUCACACCCGGCCGCCAAGGGUCCCCCGGGCUCCCAGCCCCACCCCACCUCCAACACCACCACCACCCCCAACGCCAUGGGCCCUACUGCCACCAUGCCCCCUCAGGCCCAGCCGGGUGGAGCCACCCCCAACAGGCAGUCGGCCGCCUACGAAGACCUGGCCCCCCUCCCGGAAGAAGAGUUCAGGCUAGAUGAGGAGGAGCUGGCGGAGCUGGAGGCCAGGACCCCCCCCACCCAGCUGGAGGUGGAACUGGAGGAGAUGGAGCAGCGUCUGGAGGACAGCCCACCCCCCUCGCCGCUAGAGGAGGACGAGAUGAUCCCAGAAAGCCCCAUACUGCCAGAGGAGCCCAAAGAGCCAGUAGACCCAGCUGUCAGAGCCAAGGAGAACUGGCUAAGGAUCUAUAACAAGGUUCUGGCCCAGAUUCGGGAGGCUCGAGGCGAGCCGACCGCCUCCCUGUGGUUUGGUAAAGGAGGAGUGGGAGGAGCUCUCUACAGCAUUGACAGCAUGCCUGACCUCCGCAAGAGGAAAGCCAUCCCUCUGGUCAGAGAUCUGUCUUUGGCACAGAACAACCGCAAGGCUGGCAUCACCUCCGCCAUGGCCUCCACCACUCUGGGCAACGAGGAGCUGAAAAGCCACGUGUACAAGAAGACCCUGCAGGCCCUCAUCUACCCCAUCUCCUCCACCACGCCGCACAACUUCGAGGUGUGGACGGCCACCACGCCCACCUACUGCUACGAGUGCGAGGGGCUGCUGUGGGGCAUCGCGCGCCAGGGCAUGCGCUGCUCCGAGUGCGGGGUCAAAUGCCACGACAAGUGCCAGGACCUGCUCAACGCCGACUGCCUGCAGAGGGCUGCGGAGAAGAGCUCCAAGCACGGGGCGGAGGACCGGACCCAGAACAUCAUCAUGGUCCUGAAGGACCGCAUGAAGAUCCGCGAGAGGAACAAGCCCGAGAUCUUCGAGCAGAUCCAGGAGGUGUUCGCUCUGGACAAGUCCACCCACGGCACCCAGAUGAAGCAGAUCAAGCAGAGCGUGCUGGACGGCACCUCCAAGUGGUCGGCCAAGAUCAGCAUCACCGUGGUGUGUGCGCAGGGCCUGCAGGCUAAGGACAAAACAGGCUCCAGUGACCCAUAUGUGACGGUCCAAGUGGGGAAAACCAAGAAGAGGACCAAGACCAUCUAUGGGAACCUCAACCCUGUCUGGGAGGAGAACUUCCACUUUGAGUGCCACAACUCCUCCGACCGGAUCAAGGUGCGUGUGUGGGACGAGGACGACGACAUCAAGUCCCGCGUGAAGCAGAGGUUCAAGAGAGAGAGCGAUGACUUCCUGGGCCAAACCAUCAUUGAGGUCCGGACGCUCAGUGGGGAGAUGGACGUUUGGUACAACCUGGACAAGCGGACGGAUAAGUCUGCUGUGUCGGGGGCCAUUCGGAUGCACAUCAGCGUGGAGAUCAAGGGCGAGGAGACGGUGGCUCCCUACCACGUUCAGUACACCUGUCUACAUGAGCACUUGUUCCAGUACACCACCGAGGAGCAGAACGGGGGCGUGGUGAAGAUCCCCGACGCCAAGGGCGACGACGCCUGGAAGGUCUACUUUGAGGAGACGGCCCAGGAGAUCGUGGACGAGUUCGCCAUGCGCUACGGCGUGGAGUCCAUCUACCAGGCCAUGACUCACUUUGCCUGCCUGUCAUCUAAGUACAUGUGCCCCGGGGUGCCGGCUGUGAUGAGCACCCUGCUGGCCAACAUCAACGCCUACUACGCCCACACCACCCAGUCCUCCAACAACGUCUCCGCCUCGGACAGAUUCGCCGCCUCCAACUUUGGUAAGGAGAGGUUUGUGAAACUACUGGACCAGCUGCACAACUCCCUGAGGAUCGAUCUGUCCAUGUACCGGAACAACUUCCCAGCCAGUAGUCCUGAGCGGCUACAGGACCUCAAGUCCACCGUGGACCUGCUGACCAGCAUCACCUUCUUCAGGAUGAAAGUCCAAGAGCUGCAGAGCCCUCCCCGGGCCAGCCAGGUGGUUAAAGACUGUGUGAAGGCCUGCCUCAACUCCACCUACGAGUACAUCUUCAACAACUGCCACGAUCUGUACAACCGAGAGUACCAGUCCGACCCGGCAAAACCUGUGCCCCCAGAUGAGCAGGGUCCAAACAUCAAGAACCUGGACUUCUGGUCCAAACUCAUCACCCUCAUCGUCUCCAUCAUCGAAGAGGACAAGAACUCCUACACGCACUGCCUCAACCAGUUUCCACAGGAACUGAAUGUCGGCAAGAUCAGCGCCGAGGUCAUGUGGAAUAUGUUCGCACAAGACAUGAGAUACGCCAUGGAGGAGCAUGAGAAGCACCGGCUGUGCAAGAGUGCAGAUUAUAUGAACCUGCACUUCAAAGUGAAGUGGCUGUACAACGAGUACUGCAAGGAGCUGGUCACCUUCCAGAAGCACGUGCCCGAGUACCCCGCCUGGUUCGAGCCGUUCGUGGUCAUGUGGUUGGAAGAAAACGAGGAGGUGUCCCGAGAUUUCCUCCACGGUGCCCUGGAGAGAGACAAGAAAGACGGGUUCCAGGUGACUUCGGAGCACGCCCUGUUCUCCUGCUCCGUGGUGGACGUGUUCUCCCAGCUCAACCAGAGCUUCGAGAUCAUCCGCAAGCUCGAGUGUCCAGACCCUCAGAUCGUUGGUAACUACAUGAGGCGGUUUGCCAAGACCAUUGGGAACGUGCUGCUGUCCUAUGCUGACAUCAUCUCGAAAGACUUCCACAAUCACGUCAACAAGGAGAAAGUGCCCUGCAUCAUCAUCAACAACAUCCAGCAGCUCAGAGUUCAACUGGAGAAGAUGUUUGAGGCCAUGGGAGGCAAAGAUCUGAAUCUGGAGGCCAGUGACUUCCUGAAGGAGCUGCAGAACAAGCUGAACGUCGUCAUGGACGACCUCAGCCACAUCUUCGCCAUCAGCUUCCAGCCCCAGAUUGAGGACAACGUGCGGCAGAUGGGGGACAUCCUGGCCCAGGUCAAAGGUCAGACAGUGCCAGCCAACGGCAACGUUAUCCAGGAGGCUGACAAUGUCCUCCAACCCAUCAUGGAUUUCCUGGACACCAACCUCUCACUGUUCGCUAAGAUCUGUGAGAAGACGGUGUUGAAGCGCGUGCUGAAGGAGCUGUGGAAGCUGGUGAUGAACACCAUGGAGAAGACCGUUGUGCUUCCCACACUCACCGACCAGACGGGCACACAGAUGAUCUUCAACGCAGCCAAGGAGCUGGGACAGUUGUCCAAGCUCAAGGAGCACAUGGGGCGAGAGGAGGCGAAGGCUCUGAGCCCCAAACAGUGUGCGGUGAUAGAGCUGGCUCUGGACACCAUUAAGCAAUACUUCCAUGCGGGCGGUGUGGGCCUGAAGAAGACGUUCCUAGAGAAGAGUCCCGACCUGCAGUCCCUGCGCUACGCCCUGUCCCUCUACACCCAGGCCACGGACAAGCUCAUCAGGAAGUUUGUCCUCUCACAGGGUGCUCAGGUCCAUUCAGGGAAGGGGAUGAGGUUCACGGCCAAUGAAGACACUGCGCCAGAGAAAGCCUCAGGGGUGGACGCCGUGGGCGAGGUGCUCAUGCAGGUGGACGUCCAGCCGCAGCCCAACGGAGAGUACAAGAUCAACGUCAAAGUGGUGUCUGCUAACGACCUCAAGUGGAAGGCGCAGGGCUUCCGGCCCUUCGUGGAGGUUUACAUCAUCGGACCGCACCUCAGCGACAAGAAGAGGAAGUUCGCCACCAAGUCCAAGAACAACGCCUGGUCGCCCAAGUUCAGCGAGAGCUUCCAGUACUCCCUCGGCACGGAGGUGGGGCCCGAGAGCUACGAGCUGCAGGUGUGCGUGAAGGACUACUGCUUCGCCCGCGAGGACCGCACGGUGGGCGUGGCCGUGCUGCAGGUGAAGGAGGUGGCCAGCAGGGGCAGCGUGGCGUGCUGGCUGCCGCUGGGCCACCGCGUGCACAUGGACGAGACGGGCCUGACCGUGCUGCGCAUCCUGUCGCAGCGCAACAACGACGAGGUGGCCAAGGAGUUCGUCAAGCUGAAGUCGGACCAGCGCUCGGCUGAGGAGGGCCGCAGUUGA